GAAAAAUAUUUUAACUUUGUUCCAUUGGUAUCUCUCUCUCUCCCCUAUUAGAAAAGUACUGCAACUCAAGAUGGCAUGGCCCAGAUGGCAGGUGUCGGCUUUAUGCUAGUAAAAGAGAGUGCAGCAGAGAGACCAAUGAAGCGAAAGAGCGAAGGAGAGAGAAGCGAAAGAAACCUACCCAUCCUUUCUUUUUCACUCAGUUUUAAAGGAACCCACCGCCUUUCUGCGCCCCAAGAAAAAUCCCACCUCCCUCUUGGCCCCUCAUCUGUCUCAAAGAGUCCAUGGACGGGGUUGUGCAGGGGUAGAGAAAUGGAGUCGGGAUCGAGAUCGCCGGCGGUCUCCGGGGCCGGCGGCCCUGGUGACUCCCUCAACGGGCUCAAGUUCGGGAAAAAGAUCUACUUUGAGGACGGCGGCGGAGGCGGGAACUCUUCCUCCUCGUCCUCCUCCUCCUCCUCCAAGGUCCCGGCCCUGGCGGCGCCACCGCCGCCUCCGGCGAGAAGGGGGAAGGGGGUGGUGCAUGGGGGGCAAGGGCCGCCCAGGUGUCAGGUGGAGGGUUGCAAGUUGGAUCUGACGGGGGCCAAGGCCUACUACUGCCGGCACAAGGUGUGUGGGAUGCACUCCAAGGCGCCCAAGGUCAUCGUAGGAGGGCUCGAGCAAAGGUUCUGCCAGCAGUGCAGCAGAUUCCAUCAGUUAUCAGAAUUUGAUCAAGGAAAACGCAGUUGCCGCAGACGUCUGGCAGGUCACAAUGAGCGUCGAAGGAAGCCACCUCCUGGGCCUUUGUCAUCACGCUAUGAGCAUGAGUUCAUACAACUGUACCCUACUGCAGAAGACCCUAGCAGAUUGAGAAGCUUUCUUUUGGACUUCAGUUAUCCCCGGCUUCCAAGUACUGGAAGAGAUGUCUGGCCGACCGUUAGGGCUAGUGAUAGGGUGACUGGUAACCAGUGGCAUGGUGGUUUAGAUCCUCCAACUAGUGCAGUUAUGGUACAGGGGCCUCAGCAUUAUCUGCAGAAUUCUGCAGGGGGGACCCUCUUCUCGACGCCGGAGGUGCCAUCAGGUGAAUGUCUUUCGGGAGUCUCUGACUCCAGCUGUGCUCUCUCUCUUCUGUCAACUCAGCCAUGGGAAAGUAACACUACCAGAAACCGAGCUCCAACAAUUCCAGCAAGCAGCAGCUUUGAUGGCAUCCCAACGGCUCGGUCAGUUGCUGCAAACGAUUACAUUAGUCCUUGGGCUCUCAGAGGUCAUGGAGGCAGGAGCAGCUCACAUGAAAUCCAGCAUGAGAUGGGACUGGGACUGGUCACGGAGGCUGGUAGCAGCCAGUUUUCGGGUGAACUGGAGUUAGCUCUUCAGGGAAAUGGGCAAUGCCUGGACCAUGGCUCGGAUAAGACAUACGAUCAUGCAGGUCACGUGAUGCACUGGUCUCUGUAGACUAUAUGAUCUGUUCUGUUUUAUAAUUAUGGAUCUUGUGACUUUUGUGUUAUCUCCAAUGCUUUUAGAUCUCAAGGACAUUGGCUAAAUUUCUGUGUGGUAGUGUUAAGAUCUUAUAGAUAUUAAACUCCCACGAUGCUCUCUUUUGAGACUGAUCAACUUGAAGCACCAGUAUAUUGGAAACGACUUUAAUUAAUAUUUCUGAAUUUUGUGGUGCC